AUGAGACAAGUGAUGACGGAUGAGUUCGUCGCAUCUCAAUUCACAUGGGAUGGUUCGAAAGGGAAAAUCGAGUUUCGAAUGACCAAAAUAUGCAAAAUUUUGUAUCUCGCUUCGAAAAAGUGUCCUUUUGAAGGGCCGAGGGAUAAAGUUGCUUACAAAAAUGAUAUCAAGGAAAUUUUAAGGGCGACCAAGCAAAGGAGAAAAAAUUUGAAGGAACAAAAUAAGUUGUUGCCGGGAUUGGAGACCGAAGAUGAAAUUGCGGCGCAAAUCAACGAGCUUAAACAAAAACUUGGCGUCACCAAAGAUUAUUCAUUUUCCGAGUUUGGAAGCGGAGACAAUAGAUAG